UACUUCCGGAAUGGGAUUUCCGGUUGUUUUCUGAGGCUGGCGGUCGUGCGGAGCACUUCCGGGCGGUUCAGGCCUUUAAGGCCUCCCCGGGCACCUCGCUGUGAGCUGGGGAUCUCAGUGUGCUCCGGGGAGCCUUGAGGGGCGCCUGUAGAUCCUCACUGCGUUCUGUUGUGCCUUGAAGACGUUCUGCUCUGCCGUAGAGGCCUUCGAGGCCCAUCCCAGUGCAUUGUCCCACCGCAGAGUGCCCUCAUGUGCUCCAGGGAGCCUGAAGGCCUCCCAGUGCGCCCCAGCUGAAUCCAGUAACCACCCAGUGCGCUCUACGGGACGCCAGAGUCCACACAAAGGUGCCUGAUGUGCUCUUGGGGGCUCUAGAGGCCUCGCGCUGUGCCCCAGUGGCUGCCCAGGACGCCCUGUUUGACUCUAAGGCACGCUGAAGUGCUCCUCGCUGUGCCCUAAAGCCCUUGGAGUGUGCCCCAUAGGCCUCUAAGAGCCCCCCCAAGUGCAUUCUGGUGACCCCUGAGCACUCCAGAGGCGUCCAUUUGCUCCCCAGGGUGACUGAGAGCAGCCUCGCAGUGAUAUCUUCCAGUUCCCGUGGGGUGCAUCCUACAAUCCUACAGACGUCUCCAUGCUGAAUUUGAUCAAAUAUUCCCUAGCCAACUUUCUUUCCCCUAAUGCUCUUAGAGAGGAACUUCUUGUUGACUUUGCUGUAUAGGGACAGAUGCAAUUCUGCUGGAGUUUUGCUUUCUCAGCUCCAUCCCUGGAGGCUUGGGUGAUGUCUGUGUCUUCCUGGUGUCAUCCCGGCGUCGUUUGUGCCCAUCUGGGUGAAAAGUGGGGCGAAAUGCUCCGAAGAGGGCAAAACAGGGGGAAAAGGUGUCGAAGGACAAUGCAGGGAGAGGACGCUGACCCCAAGGAACAGGAAAACACGACCCCUGCUGUAGUUCUGAGUGUCCAGAAAUGAAAGCGGUGGCUCUGCAGACACAGCCUCUCUCCGUCACCCCCUUUCAAUGGGGCAAGGUACUGGUGUGAGCAGCCGGGACAUUUGCAACUCCACAGCUGAAGGUACUCUCGAGGCUCCAGUCCUGUUCCUUAACACUUCCAGAGCUCAGGAAGGGGAAAUUGUCCUGGCUCAAUGUGUCCUUCAGAACCUGGUUCCUGCUAUCCGAAUUGUCUUAUGCAAGGACAGGGUUGAGGAGUACGUCAUGAAAGCCCAAGAGGGCAAGAUUAUCUACUCCAUGCCUCUGAAUAUCUCUGCAAGGAGCACCGGCUCAUAUGCGUGUGGGUACCAGCACAGGAACGCAAGCAGUGUGCUGUUGAACUCUGUCCUCAGUGCUCCCCAAUACCUGCGGGUCACAGGCCAUGUGUCCUACUCCACAACAGUGACAGCACCCACAGAGCCCCACACCCAGCAGGACUACACAGUCAUUGCAGUGGCAUCAGUGGCUGCCACCCUCCUCCUUUCUGCUGCAACCUGCUGGAUCAUCAAGAAAGGUGCCUGCAGAGAGAGAUGCGGAAGGCAGCAGAAUGUUCCCAGCCAGCGUAUGGAAGCCACUGACUAUGGAGAAAUCCAGUACUCCACCAUCGCCCACUUCCGAAGGGACAAGAAGAAUAGCAAAUUGUGAGAAAUAAUUUUUGAAUCACAAAUCACGCUCUCCUCUCUGACUUCUGCAAACACCUCCCCUUGAUGUGCAGAACCGCAGCCCCUUGCUGCUGCUCCCAAAAUUGUGUGGUUCCUCCUGAGAAGAUCCAGAAACAGAUCCAUCUGAAGAGCUGGUACAACAUUUUUGAGUGUCUUAAAGGGUGUGGAGGGUGGGAAUCUCGCCAACAAUUAUGGAGUCCCUCUAGCAAGCAAGUGCUUCCCCAGAUCUGCUCUUAUUUUUGCUAUUUGUAUCCUGCCUGCCUCUCCAGUGUACAUGGCUCCUUCCUGUGCUCCUGGAGCCUCCUCGUGCAGGGCUUGCAGGCUGCAGCUGCAAUAUCAGGGCUUUCCUUUCCACUCCAGCCUCCUGUGAUACAGAUGAGCAACAGCAGAGCCUGAGUCUGGGUCAUGGCCGCUGUGUUUCCUUGCAGAGGGCUCCUAGAGCGUAACAUGGGAAUCUUUGAUUUAUGGGGGUUUGCUCUCAUGUUAGGUCUAGCCAAUAAGAUAUAUGACUUGGUUACAUGUGUACCACCUAGAAUAUCAAUAAAAUAUAAGAGAGAUACCAAAUAGGAGCAUAGUGAUAUGUCAUAAAUAUACAUGAACUGAAGGAUAGAGCCACACGUGCACUUCUGUCCAGCCACACAUCUGUAUCCACGAGAACAGAUCUGCAUGCAGUUUGGUGCAACGUCAGGCUUACCAAGGUCUUGAAUCUGAGACAUCAUCAAAUGAUGAGCUAUGGUUUAUUCAUUACUGCUGUGGCUGUAGGUGGAAGAUGCUCUGAAGAUGUCCAGGUUGGCUGGGUUUUGGUACCCACCGUGAGCCACAAGCACAAGGAUUCUGUCACAGCUCCUGCGGACAGAUGGGCACUGUCUGGGUGCAUUCAGACAGAAGUACACCAUUCUGUUUGCAUUGGGAUUUCAUGGUUUUAUUGAUAAGCGUCACCACCUCUGCUGUGCUUUCCCCAUUGUUCUUGCAGAGAAAGGGCUGAAUCACCUCUCACUUUCUGAUAUUCUGUCUUACGUAUAAACUUCAGAGCUCUUCAUUCCAGAGGCCUUCAAAACACAAACAAGGAAUUACAGUAAUCUCACAGCAUGGCCGUGCAGCGUUCCCCUUGGGAUGAUGGCAGGAGGGGAACUGCAGACAGAGCAUUGCUACCAGAACAUUUGGGCUUGCAUUUCCCCUUCAGAGCCAUGCCUUCUGCAGCCAAAAAAUGCAUGCUCAACCUGCAGGCCUCUGCACAAGCGCACAACUCACCUUCACUCUCCUCAUUUCAUCCAUGCUGACAUCUGUAGGGAGAUCCUGAAUUCAUGCCCAGCCAUCAGCAGGGGAGAGACCUUCCCCAGCCACCAGCAUAACCAUGGGCUUCCUAUGCCAAAAUCAUCACCCUUACAGCUUCCUAAAAUGGCUCCUAAGGUCCAAAUUGCAGCCCCAAGAUAACGCCCUGUGCUGUAGGGUGAAGGGUUUUGCUUCUGCACGAUUUUGGGUGGAGGCCGCUCUGUUGGUGAGAAUUGUCCCAGUCCUCACCCAAGAAAGUGCUCUAAACUGUCACAUUUCCCCUGAAAUAUUGUCCACUCGAAGCUGAGUUUGAAAGUGAAACUGUCAUUAAUCCACUACAGUGUCAGCAAAAGUGGGGGAGAUUUCAUAGCAGGGUGAAGACAACCAGAUCAUAUUUGACAGGGAGAUUUAGAGAGAUGAUACCUUGAUGAGACUGGGACUAUAUCCUAAAAAAUUAACUUUAUUAGCAUUGAAUUUCAUAUGUCAAUGUGCAUCUGGAGAUAAUAUUGACUGAAAACACUGCAUAUGUGAUCAUCUCUGCAUUGUAUUCAGUGCGUGGAAGGGAAGGGUGCAUAGGGCCUGGCACUUACAGUAAGAAGCGUGGUCAUCAGAAGAUUCCUCAGCACUACCAGCACCAUGGAGAGAGUCAGAGCGAGCAGAGAGAAAAGGCACUGAGGUUCCACAAUGCAUUCAGGGGCAACGAAUGAAUUUCUCCGUGAUGCUUUGCUUGCAUGGAGCUGGGCUUGAAGCAGAAUUUAAAAGAGCAGCAGCUGCACAUCUCCUGUCUAAGAGAUGAAAAAACAUUGAUGUGUGUGAGUAGAGAGGGCUGAUGGGCUGCAAAGAGCAUCACCUCUUUGCACUGCUUGACCGCAGUUGCUUUGCUCUGGGCUGGAUGAUAAAGACAGGCCGAGUGUUUCCACUCAGCUUGGGAAGGGGCUUACAUGUAUUUCAGAGUCAGUAGUAUAGAUUUUUUUAACCAUCUUCCCACUUCUUUGCCUUUGUAUUCUUUGGCUUUUGCACUUAUGUCUUACAUAGUGGAAACAUUCCAUCUUUCCGAGGUCCAUCCAGGUAAUACAGACACUUAAAUGAUUAAAUACCUCUUGCCACGGAGGUGCUUAUUUCUCCCCAUAACAUGCCAGAGGGCUUGAGUCUGAUAAGCUCUGAAGCACACACCUGUGAAUAUUUAAGACAUCUCUGCCCCGUGUGAAUGAAUUUCAGCAUUAUAUUGAGGAAUUUG